GAAAAAAUAAUUAUUGUAAUUAUUGUAAUUGUAAUUAUUGUUUUGUUUGGUUUUGUACGCCUGGCUGGAUGAUCACUUCGAUCCGGUCAUUUAAGCGGUUCAGUUGUGCUCGUUGUGCUAGUUUCAAUUGGAUUAGAUCUUCUAGGUCGAGUUUGAUUGUUUUGUUGAUCAAUCAUGAAACAAAUUCCCGAAUCAGGUGUAGUGUGUCGAACUGAUUAUGGUUUGAUGUGGCUCAUUUUAUCAACUAUUUGUUUACCUAUAACAAUUCCAUAUUUGCUCUUCAAAACAAUUGGAAUUAUCAAACAGAGAAGAUAUCGUGAAUGUCUGCCCGGAAAAGUGGUUUUAAUUACUGGCGCCAGCUCAGGUUUGGGUGAGUCGUUGGCCCAUACAUUUUUCCUCGCUGGAUGUAAAGUAGUGUUAGCUGCAAGGCGAAAAGAGGAACUAGAUCGCGUUCGGAAAGAUCUACUUGCCCUCCACACAACAGUUGUGACACAUUCCCCUGUUGUAAUUCCCUUGGAUUUAUCGGACAUUCAAUCAAUAAAUGAUAAGGUUAAAGAAAUUCUCGAAAUACAUGGACAGAUAGAUAUUCUGAUCAACAACGCGGGAAUAAGUGUUCGGUCAGAUUGCCUAUCCACAACACUGGACGUUGACAUCAAGGUUAUGCUGAUAAACUACUUCGGAACGGUUGCUUUAACGAAAGCAUGUCUUCCGUCUAUGAUUCAACGCAAGGAUGGACGAAUUGUGUGCAUCUCAAGCAUUCAAGGAAAGCUCAGCAUACCGUUCCGUUCGGCUUAUUCCGCGUCAAAACAUGCGCUGCAAGCUUUCUGUGAUAGUUUGCGCGCCGAAUUGGCAGAGCAUGACGUUAAAGUAACUGUAAUUUCACCCGGGUACAUAAAAACUGCACUCUCGUUGAAUGCUCUCACUGGAUCUGGUGUCCAAUAUGGAAAAAUGGACGAAACAACGGCUACUGGUGCUUCGCCCGAUGUGGUAGCGAAACGUAUCUUGAAGGCAAUCUUACGUGACGAGGAAGAUGUUACAAUCACAGGGAUGGCACCCAAACUAGCUUACUGGAUACGACAUAUCAGUCCACCUCUGUAUUUCUGGAUAAUGGCAAGGAGAGCCAGAAAAAUUGACGAUGGUACCAAAGCUAAGUAGUACUAAUAGAGGUAAACGAUUACGAUUCAUAACAUGUAUUGUGCCAUAGAACAUGGUUUUCGGGGGGCCCGAGUGUUUUUUUCCGUUGUAGGUAAGUGUUUAAAUAAUAUUCAAACAAUACUUGAAUACAUUUAAUAUAACAUGACUUUUAAAAA